GUCGGUGUUUUCAAUUGCGGAGCUCAUCGGCACUUUGUAUGUGAGGUGUCCUCGAAGCGACUUGGCUUGCGCUCAACCCUCUGCACCAACCCACAAAGUUGUGAAUUCGAAAAGACGGAGCGUUGGUCUUCGACGUACAGCCAAGCUGCCUCCACGACAACCGUGCUCGCAGACCAGCCGCACACAAUGGCACCGCAAGAGUCAACACUGGGGGCCCGCCAAGUAAUCCAGGCGCCGCUGCCCAACCCCUCCCUCUCAGCAACCGCAGACCACAAGCUCAAGACCGGCGAGGCUCCCGUGUACGCCCCGGGCCCCGGCGAGGUGCUGCUGCACAUCAAGGCGACAGGGAUCUGCGGCUCGGACGUGCACUUCUGGAAAACCGGCGCGAUUGGCUCGCUCGUGUUCGAGGGCGACUGCAUCCUCGGCCACGAGGGCGCGGGCGUGGUCGUCAGGUGCGGCGAUGGCGUGACGGACCUGAAGCCCGGAGACAGGGUCGCCGUCGAGCCCGGCGUGCCAUGUGAGAAGUGCUUCCUGUGCCAGAUGGGCAAAUAUAACCUGUGCGAGGACGUUGCGUUCGCGGGUGUCUAUCCAUACGACGGGACACUGCAGCGGUACAAGGUGCACCCUGCCAGGUGGCUGCACAAACUCCCGGAUAACAUGAGCUUCCAAGAUGGUGCACUUCUCGAACCUCUGAGCGUCGUUCUCUCGGGCCUGCGGGUUGCUGAGCUGACCCUUGGUCGCGGAGCUGUCAUCUGUGGCGCAGGGCCCAUUGGGCUCACUGGGCUCCUCGCAGCCAGAGCCUCGGGGGCUCACCCGCUCGUCGUGACGGACAUCGAGCCCAAGCGCCUCGCUUUCGCCAAGGAACUCGUCCCGUCUUGUCUCACUUACCAAAUCGACCCGUCUCUGGAUGCCCGUGGAAACGCGAGGGGUAUCAGAAAGCUCUUUGGUGCCCGGGGCGGCGAGGGAGAGGAAGGAGACGAAUACUUCGCGCCACCGUGCGUCAUCGAGUGCACCGGCGUUGAGUCAAGUGUCAUUACCGCUGCUUUCACCGUAAGGAGAGGUGGUCGCGUUGUCGUGGUCGGUGUUGGAAAGAACAUCAUGAACAAUCUGCCGUUCAUGCACCUAUCUUUGGCCGAGAUCGAUCUCAGAUUUAUCAACAGGUACACUGAUACUUGGCCGGCCGGAAUUUCAUGCAUGAGUGGUGGAAUAAUUGACAUGAAGAAGCUUGUCACUCACGUGUAUCCACUUGAGAAAGCUGCGGAAGGCCUUACGUUUUCUUCGGAUCCUCGUAAUGGCAGCAUCAAAGUCCACAUUCUGGAUGAGUCGGAAACGGUGUUCUUCUAA